CAGCUGCACCCACGGCUCCUGAUCAGCCGAUCACUGCUGACAUCAUCGCCAUCACGGGCCUGGACGGACAUGCGUAUGGCUCGUGGCGGGGAAAGGGCAACCUUGGGCGAAUGUGGCUUCGUGACUUCCUCUCGAAAGAUCUCGAACAAUGAUCUACGGGUAUAACUCGAAGCUAUCCAGCCACGGCAUCGACACGAUCAUGGAUUAUGGGCGGGAAUUCUUAGAAGGGAUCAAGAGGGUCAGGUAUACGAAAGAGCUCAGGGAGCGACCGCUCUUUUUCGUCGCACAUAGCUUUGGGGGGAUCAUAUUAGCUCAUUGCCUCGUGAAAGCGGUGCAGACGGAUGAAAGCGGCCAUGCGACAAUCGCAGCUUUGCACAAGGCGACCUACGGCAUCUUAUUUUUUGGCGCCCCGCACAAGGGCCUUGUGAUCGAUGAUAUCCAGCGUAUGAUAAUGAGAAAGGACGAUCAUCCGAGGGCGGAGCUCCUUGAGCAGAUCAAAUCUAAGUCUGAUCUCUUGAUAUAUCAGCUUGCGGACUUUAAGAAUCUGAUCCGUGAUCGGAAGAUUGUCAGCUUUUACGAGACGCAGCAGACACGGCGAUUGAACCUGGACCCCGAGACAGGAUUAUGGGGUCGAACAGGGUCGUACAUGACAGCUAUCGAUUCUGGCUCGGCUCUUCUCGACCUUCCGGACAGCGUUGAAGUCAAGAUCCCGGUCAACGCAGAUCAUUCUCAGAUUGUCAAGUUUGAUAGUCGCAACGCCGAAGCAUAUAAGACGGCGGCGGGAUAUCUGAAGCAGUUUGAGCAAGAUGCUAGAAGAAUUGUUUCAGAUCGAUUUUCACCUGCCCGGAGGAAGAGACCACCUACAUCUACCGUUCCAUUUGAUAGAGACAGGAAGUUUGUCGGAAGACAAGAUAUUCUUAAAGAUCUGGAAUCACACUUCUCCCAGGCAGACUCUCACAAUCGAGUAGUACUUGUAGGAUUGGGGGGAGUCGGUAAAUCACAGAUCGCCAUUGAAUACUCAUACCGGCUCAGGGCUAAAGACCCUCAGAUAUGGGUGUUCUGGGUUCACGCGGCUACCGCCGAGAAAUUUGAACAGGCCUACAAAUCCAUUGCUACUAAACUCGAGCUACCCGGCUGCGACGAUCCGAAGACCGACGUCUUGGGCCUGGUUUCGAGAUGGCUUGGUGAUGUCGACAAUGGUCGUUGGCUUAUGAUACUAGAUAAUGCAGACGAUAUCGACGUGUUUUUCCAGAGACAACAUAGAUCUGAAGACAGAGACAACACUCAAAAUGCUGCUCCACUGUCGAGCUAUAUCCCGCAGACUGCAACUGGAUCUGUCCUCCUCACUACACGAGACCGAAGAACUGCGUCUUGGCUCAGCACUGGAGACCCGAGCGCUAUCACAGUCGAUCUGAUGAAGCCGGACGAUGCCGAACUAUUACUUCGUAAUAAGAUCCCAGAUGGAAUCUCUGACCACUCGGAGCGAACCGAGCUUGUAAAGGAGCUAGACUGCCUCCCACUUGCGAUCACUCAAGCCGCUGCGUAUAUUAGUGCCAGAGUAACACGGAUGACCGUGAGGAGGUACUUGACCCUAUAUCAACAAGACGAAAGAAGUCAAUACCGACUAUUAAACGAAGAACAUGGGGAUCUAAGACGGAAUCCCGGUGUUCCCAACUCCGUGAUCAGGACCUGGCAAAUCUCAUUUGAUCAGAUCAAGCGGAGUCAGCCAAGAGCUGCCGAGCUCUUGUCUUUCAUGGCUAUGCUUGAUCGUCAAGGCAUUCCAGAAUUCCUGCUCGGUGUUAAAUAUCCUGAUCCACUUGAUCUUGAGGAGGCUCUAGCCCCUCUACAUGAAUUUUCUUUGAUCACGACAGAGAAAGGAGGCAAGAGUUUUGAGAUGCACCGGCUUGUGCAACUCGCGACGAGGAAGUGGCUAGAGAAGGAUGAAGAAACUGAGAAGUGGCAAGGAGAGGCAAUAAAUGCGCUGUCAGAAGCUUUUCCGACCGGAGAAUAUGACAACUGGAAGACAUGUGAGGCCUUGUCGCCUCAUGCUCGCGAGGUGUUGAGGUGUGGGUUGACAUCUGAGCAGUAUCUUCUCACACGCGCGUAUCUUUUGUACAACAUGGCUUGGUAUAGCCAUCGCCAGGGCCGCUAUGUUAUUGCUCAAGAGGAGAUCCAAGAAUCUCUAGCUAUUCAAGAACAGCGUCUUGUCGAUGGUCAUUUGAGCAUCUUGAGUAGUACAAGGUUAAUAGCUGUAGUGCUAUAUGGUCAAGGCAAGUACGACGAGGCAGAGACGAUGAAUCGGCGAGCGUUAGCAGGAUACGAGGAGGUACUAGGGCUAGAGCACCUUAAUACGUUAGCGACUGUAUAUAACCUCGCUUUAGUACUACAUGAUCAAGGCAAGUACGACAUGGCCAUUGUUCUCUACAACAGAGCUUGGAAUGGCUUCAAGAAAACCCUCGGGUCAGAACAUCCGACGACCCGAAGAUGUUCUGACUAUCGUACUGAUAUGAUCGAGGAAAUGGAAUUACAAGAUAAUUAAGAGCGAGGUGGGAUAUGAUUCUGGGAAUUUCACAAGGGCAACCUGGAUGUGUUGGGCGUGUCAUCUUUCACAGAAAUUCUGAGCCAAAGAAUGAGAGUUGAGACAUCAC